AUGCUCUGCCUCGAGACAUGGUACUUCCAGAUGCUCGUGCUCAUUGCCGGCCUCCUCAAGGACCCCGAACUGGCUCUCGCAUCGCUCGCUGUUUGCAUGACCAUUUCAGAAUGGGUGCUUAUGAUUCCACUUGGAUUCUACACCACAACCAGUGUGAGGGUGAGCAAUGAGCUUGGUGCGGGCAACCCCAAAUCAGCGGCGUUAUCAGUCGUGGUGGUCACGAUGUUGUCGUUUGUCCUAUCAGUUAUAAUCUCGGUAGUCAUCCAGCUCUUCAAUGACUACAUCAGCUACAUUUACACCGGCGGCGAACAUGUGGCAGUGGCCGUGUCCAAGCUGACCCCACUCCUGGCACUCACCAUAAUCCUCAAUGGCAUCCAACCGGUGCUAUCAGGUAUACUAGAACAGUAA